UGCCACUCGAUUGUGAUAAAUACAUUAUGUAAAAACUGAAUACAAAUAAGACGAUAAGACAAUUGUCAGUUUCCAUCCCUGACAGAUGUGUCCCUGUGUGAGCAAAGAGAUGAUGACACUGGCACAACCAUCAUACAGGCCCACAAUCUGAUUUGAUGUUGGGGUUCAACGGAGUUUGCUGUUUUGUCUUUUGGGAAGAAACAUAAAUCUGCUAAGAAGAAGAUGAAAAGAGGCAUGAUGAGAUCCCCAAUCUUGACUCUCGAAUAUGCCUGUAAACUACAAAACCUAGAAUUGUGACAAAGAUUACUUCGAGACAGCUGAUGUUGUCGAACCGUGAUACAUGUCCACUAUUAUUGUUGCGAGCAGACAAAUGUAUGCUUGUCGCAGAUUGGAUUCAUUGGCCACAGGUCAAACUUUCCGUAAAGUCUGGAAAGAGAUUUGCAGCACUGUCCCGCUGCCGUCUGACACUCACAGCGAAACUGCACGAAUGAAAUUUUAACUGUUCUCUCUGAGUUCUGCCACACACCGAAUCAAGAACCAAUGAAGAGCGGUUAUGUGCAUGGUCGAGGCACACGCUUGAGCUGCUGAAUACCAAUCUCUCCUGACCAAACUCGAUCAAGCGCCACCAUGUUUGAACUUCGCCGCUAUAGCAAACCUCAUCACGUUUCCCCGAGAUUUAUCAUCGACUCUCGUGAUCAUUGACAGUUCCAGUUCCUGACUUCAUCAAGGUUUCGUUCCGGACAUGUUCGCACGGGAGCAUGUGUGCGAAUUCUCCGUCAUGGAUAGGCGAUACUCACAUCGUGCACAACAAAUCUGUACCAGAAGAGGAUUGGGUAAUGUUCAGGCUGUAAUGCCCACAGCACGGUGUCGAUUAGGAGAGCUGUUCACCAAACUUGCCAAAUCUGUUCUGAGAAAAGAUUGUUCCUUCUAUGACGGUCAAGGACUGCUGUUCGCAGACGCAAGGGAGGGACAAAACUGAUCACAGGGAUGUAGGGGCUCGGCAAGCGACAAGCUUCGAGUGCACCAAGUCACGUGGAUCAGCGAAUAAAGCAAAAUUCCAGCUCAUGCAGGGAGCUCGGUCGUGCAGAAUUCAAUGCCAUCGAGGACGACGAGUUCCUCGACGAAGGUGGUCUUUGCGAUCUGUAACCUCCAGUUCCACUCCAAUCAUCUGGUCGAGGCAACGACCUGGCUCUUUCGUAAAAGCCACUUUUCAUCAUCUGCAUUUUGUGGACUGAGCGCAUUGCAGGCCCCAAGGCUGGAAAGCAGAGCUAUUCUGAUGCGACUGUAUCCAUGUCCCCUGUACGAUGCGCCAACUUUCUAGCCAGCCUCGAUUUAGAUUAUCAAUAACUCUCGAUUGCUCGUACGCCCGUCGCUGCCAAGCUCGCGGACUAGCCACCACUGUCCGUCCUCCCAUCCACUGAUUCCCGAACAACUCAGAAAUCUCAGAAUUCUCAGACUCCGCAGCCGCAACCCCCCUAAGCUCAGCCCGCAUGCGAUUCUGCCCAAGGAUGUGCCACCAUCGCAUCACCAUCGCAUCACCUGACUCUUGAGAUCUUCCCCCACGACUUUUAGUACGCGAUCACGACAUUGCUGUACUGCCUCGUCGAUGUUGGACCUCCGUCGCAGGUCCUGCUGCGGGUGGGACACAGUGG